UUUCGCCUUGGUUACCGCGUUUUCCGCCCCAGCUACGUCAUCGCUCUGAGCGAGCGAUCUGCUGCCAGCGCGGGCGCCGCGCGAGACCUUGGGCCCGGGUUGACACCCCCUCAAGAGCCACCAUGUUGGUGAUACCCCCUGGACUGAGCGAGGAGGAGGAGGCUCUGCAGAAGAAGUUCAACAAACUGAAGAAAAAGAAAAAGGCAUUGCUGGCUCUGAAGAAGCAAAGUAGCAGCAGCACAGCCAGCCAAGGCGGUGUCAAACGCUCACUGUCAGAGCAGCCUGUCGUGGACACAGCCACUGCAACAGAGCAGGCAAAGCAGCUGGUGAAAUCAGGAGCCAUCAGUGCCAUCAAGGCUGAGACCAAGAACUCGGGCUUCAAACGUUCUCGAACCCUGGAGGGGAAGUUAAAAGACCCCGAGAAGGGGCCAGUCCCCACUUUCCAGCCAUUCCAGAGGAGCAUAUCUGCCGACGACGAUCUGCAGGAGUUGUCCAGACGUCCCCAAAGGAAAUCUCUGUAUGAGAGCUUUGUGUCUUCCAGUGAUCGGCUUCGGGAACUGGGGGCAGAUGGGGAUGAGGCAGAAGGCCCCGGGGCUGGUGAUGGCCUCCCUCGAAGCUUUGACUGGGGCUAUGAAGAACGUGGUGGCACCCGCUCCUCAGUCUCCCCUCCCCGAAACCGCAGCCGGGACCGCAGUCGUGAGCGGAACCGGGACAGGGACCGGGACAGAGACCGAGACCGGGACAGAGACCGGGACCGGGACAGAGACCGGGACCGGGACCGAGAGGGCCUUUUCCGCAGGUCGGACUCAUUCCCUGAGCGCCGGGCCCCUCGGAAGGGGAAUACCCUCUAUGUGUAUGGGGAAGACAUGACGCCCACCCUCCUCCGUGGGGCCUUCUCUCCCUUUGGAAACAUCAUUGACCUCUCCAUGGACCCUCCCAGAAACUGUGCCUUCGUCACCUAUGAAAAGAUGGAGUCAGCAGAUCAGGCCGUUGCUGAGCUCAAUGGGACCCAGGUGGAGUCCGUGCAGCUCAAAGUCAGCAUUGCCCGCAAACAGCCCAUGCUGGACGCCGCCACUGGGAAGUCAGUCUGGGGCUCCCUUGGUAAGAACAGGAUUUCUGCUCCUUCAUUCUAUCCCCCACCUCUCACGCCUUUCGUUUCCCUGCAUGUCCCCGGGUUCUCUAGAGGUCAGGAUUUGUGGGAGGCUGUGGGAAUGGGAAGGAGAGUGGGCAGACCCUCUGUCAGUUGGAAGUAGGAGAAAGAAGAGAGAAAAGGGUUGAAAACAACUUCCAAUAACUGAACAGGGAAGACAUGAAAGCAGGUCAAGUUCAUGAAGAAGAUGAACAUUUCAUGUGGCCUUGUUCAUUUUGAGAUGAAGUAUAGUAGGUUUUCUAAAAUAAGCAUUUGGAAUAGAGAUCUGGAACUCAGGCAUGAGGUGAGAAAUGAAAACAGAUUAGUCAUCUGUAUCUCAUGGUGGCUGCAAAAUGACAGUAUCAUUGGGG